AUGCCCCGAAAAAGUUGCAUGAAGCGAUUGAGUGCGCGACUGAAGCGGAAGCCCGAAGCUCCCGAUUCCGAGUCUUCUAGCAACCCUACAGCUGAAGAUCCUCUUGUACCCUCAUCCUCAACUAACAGAGAUUUCACGACAGAAACAACCCCAGAUGCAACGCACCAAGACAAGGCUGAAAGUGGUUUGGAGUGCAAAUGGGGAAAUCUCUGGGACACUGCUUACGAAUGCCUGCGGCUUCAGGAACCAGACCUGAUCGAGUUUUACGAAAACUGGAUUUUGGAUACGAGUCAUGGUCAUAGUAAUAAUGACUUAGUAGGGGUUGAUCGGCAGGCGCAGGUGAAAGUUGUUACAGAGAACAAGUUGCGGGAACUUCACGAGAAACAGCUCGUGGUGAGGUUCAAGAAAAGAGCAAUCUCUAUCAGUGAAGGGAUGCGCCGUGUGGUUCAUCGGAUUGUCUGUGCGAAAGACGUCAUUUCAGUUUUGGUAGCCAAUGAGCCCCAUGCUGCGAUUGCAUGGGCUGGGGUGCUGCUGAUCCUACCGGCUUUCCUGAAUCCCAUGACGCAAAAGGACGACGCUACGAGUGGACUGGACUUUAUUACAGAUCUCCUGGUGCGAUAUCACUUGAUUGAAAAGGGCCAUAGCGAUCGAGGUGCAAGUGGCGAAAAUGAUAUGUCCUGGUUAAAGGAACGAAUCGUCUCGAUCUAUACCGACACCUUGAAGUAUCAGGUUCAAUUUGUGAAACAGUAUUCCCGAACCAUAGCAGGCCGAUAUUUGAGAGACCUGGUUCUCGCUGAUAAUUGGAACGCCAUGAUCGACAGCAUAAGACCAAAGGACAAAUUAGUCUUGGAUUACCUUCAAGUACAAUCCGAUAAUAUACUCAAGGAUAUCAAAGUGUUCCAGGAUCAGAUGCAAGAUUCACUGAAUGAAAUAGCCAAGGAUGUCACAGAAAUCCUUGAGUUGAAUCGAUUGAGCAGGCUGGAGCCUCUGCAGCAAGCAGCGUAUAACGCACGGAAGCAAGAAGACACGCAGUGCCUCGAAGGCACACAAGUGGAUAUGCUGACAAAGAUCGAAGCUUGGAUAGAUGAUCCUUCACCUUCUGCGGCCCCGAUCUUUUGGCUUCAUGGCAUGGCCGGCACAGGAAAAUCGACAAUUGCCCGAACGGUCGCAUCGAGAUUGGACGGGAGGAAGCACCUACUCAAACAGGAGCAGCUACGGGAUGAUGUCUGCUUGGGCGGCACCUUCUUCUUCAAGAGAUCAAGAAAGAAUCAGGAUUACGCUGGCCGCUUUUUUUCCACACUUGCCUGGAACCUGGCAGAGGCCUUGCCAGAACUUAGUAAAGCCGUGUGUGAAGCUAUUGGAUCUAACCUUAACAUUGCUUCUGGAAAACCUGUGACACAGUGGCGGAAGCUGAUCUUGGAGCCGCUUCAGCAGCUAGCGGGGCGAAUUCUUCCUCGACUGACAAUUUUUUGGGUAAUUGAUGCGCUAGACGAGUGCCUUCCUGAAGAGCCGGAGGCUCCAGAGAACAUCAGAGACGACAAUAAUGAUAUCCAAGUUCUUUUGGACCUUCUGAAACAAGUUGACCAACUACAAGACCCUCACAUUAAAGUACGUGUCUUUCUUACUAGUCGACCAACCCGGGAUAUUUUGCGCUACAUGCCAUCAGAGAAGCUUCAGGAUCAAAGAUUACUCAAAGUUCCUCUUCCUCUUGUCAAUGCGUCACGUGAGGAUGAUAUUACACGGUUCUUCAAGCAUCGAUUGAAGGAGAUAUGUCAAAGUUCAUCCGGACGAUUUGGGGGAAAUAACGAUGAUUACAGCCUAGAUCCAAGUUGGCCGGGUCCUGAAAACAUCAAGAAGCUCGUUAACCAAGCCGAUGGCUUGUUUAUCUUCGCAGCAACAGCAUGUCGAUUUCUCCAAAAGUCAGAAGAAAACCCAGAAGCACGCUUGAACUUGAUCCUUGCCAGCGGAGGGAGUAAGCCAGAUCCAAACUCUCCUCAGGGGCAGCUCGACAAAUUGUAUCAUCAGAUCCUGAGGUUUGAAGUCAAUGGGGAUGGAACUAGCACAGAACAAGAGAGAGAAGCUCGAGCUACGCGAUUCAAGACGAUUGUUGGGACAGUUAUCGUUCUGUCGGAAGAGCUCUCUGUCAAAGGUCUCAGUGGUCUCCUUUCAGACGAAGAAAAGAAAGUCAAGAAAGCACUGCUGUCUUUACAAUCGAUGAUCAAUAUAUCCGAAGCGGACGGCUCGAUUGAACUCCUGCAUCUUUCAUUUCGAGAUUUUCUCGUCGAUCAGCAGAGAUGUGGACCUGAUUUCUUGAUCGACGAAAAACGUGUGAAUCAAAAGCUUUUUGAGUGUUGUAUUGACACCAUGUCCCAUACUCUGAAGAAAAAUAUCUGCCAGCUCGAAAGGGUCAAUACUCGCACAGAAGAAAUCCAACGCAGUCUCGUGGACCGACAUCUCCCAGAACAUGUCCGUUACGCAUGCUGUCAAUGGGCCUAUCACUUUCAACAAACCGAAGCCACACCCUUCCAUACCGAAAUGCUUCGUAAAUUCCUACAAAAGCACUUCAGUCAUUGGAUUGAGGCUAUGGCUAUCAUGGACAAGAUGCCUAGAGGUAUCAUGAUGUUGAGAGAUAUACUCAAGCAUACAUCUAACUCUUCAUUAGAAGAAUCAUUCCAUUUGAGCGAGUUUGUCCGCGAUGCAGAGCGAUUUACAGUGACUUUCAGAUCGGCCAUUGAACAGGCGCCGCUACAGCUGUAUGCAUCAGCCCUGCUAUUUACUCCAAAAAGAAGUAUUAUUCGAGAACGGUUUGAAAAAGAAAUCCCAAGCUGGAUAGUUGUGCGUCCAAGCACUUCGGAAAACUGGAGCCCUUUGUUACAAAGUCUACAAUUUGGCAUCGUCUUGUCCAUGGCAUUUUCACCAGACAACGCAUUGUUGGCAUUAGAAUCAGAAGCCGGUAUCUCUAUUUGGGAUACGACAACCUGGAAAUGCGUCCAAUCACUGGCCGAGGACACAGAUGCAUGCAUUGCCAUGUCUUUUUCGCCAGAUAGCAUAUCGCUAGCUACCUUCUUCAGGCAGCGCGCAGAGUUGUGGCAUUUACCAACAGGAGUUCAGAAGGUAUUGCCAUUCAGUGGCUUUUUGGGCAUCAAAACUAGAGUUUCAUUACUGUUUUCAUCAGAUGGUAAGAGACUCAUGGCCGUGAAUGGAAGCAAAGAGACUCAUGUUUGGGACCUUGAUACAUGGAAAUGGCUGCUCGAUGAUUCGGAGGACGUGCCCGAUUAUCUCGAGCUACCUCCGAAAUUGGAAAACUCGCCUGACGGGAGCAUGGUUUUGUUCACCGAAAGAAACAGUCCCAAGGAGAAUGCGGUCGAAGGGCUGAAACAGAGCGCUCUUCGACUUUGGACAGCCCCUGAUAAGAUCAUCCCACAUCCAUUCCAAACAUAUGCCGUAGAUUCCCUGUCAUUUUCCCCGGAUGGAAGGCUACGGUAUGUUUCACCUGAGGGAUCGAUACGCUUCUGGGAUCCGAGAACAAAAGCCUUCAGUGAAGGCAUCAAUACAGGUCCUACAGAACGUGCUGUAUUCUCCCCCGAGGGUAGCUCACUCAUUGCUGUUGCAGAAAAUGGCCAGGUCUGGACAUGGAAACUCGCAAGUCCUGCCUCAUGCACUCCUUUGGAUGGUUUUUCUUAUUCUGAACGUGACCAUUUAGUUUCUGUUGUGGCAUGGCUUGCCCCAGACAGCGGGCAUGUGGCUAUUGUCGCGCGGGAUGGUGUUUGGGUCUGGGAGGCCAGUACAGGAAAAUUGAAACGGAAGGUUGGAAGCAAAAAUAAUUUCCUUUACGCCAUUUCGCCAGAUGGGAAGAUUAUUGCAGGUGUCCAAUCAGGGCAAGUGAGGAUUUGGGGUCGACUCACAGAGACCUCAACAGAGGUGGAUGGCUCCAGCUAUGAACAGGGGUCAUUUAUUACUCUCUCCCCAGACGGGACAUUCCUGAUAACCCAGCAAGCUGGUGCCACGAAGGUCUGGAAUACCAAGGCUAAGACGCUGGCAUAUACCUUCCGCCUCCAGGAGGAUGAACAGAUUUUUGACAUUGGUUUUUCGCAAGGCACUAUGGUAAUCGUCACCGAUCUGUCAGUGAUCGUCUUAGAUACAAUCGCCUGGAUGGUUGUCAACACUCUAGAUCUUCCAGUGCCGGAAGGCAAUGACCGUCGCUGCGGAGCGGGACUAUCACCCAAUGCAGGGCUGAUGGUAUCUGGGGUAGAAGGUGCGAGUGUCAAAAUUGAGCUCUGGAAUUUGAACACUAGAAGGCGAUUCCAGACGGUUGAGUGCAAUGACAUUGCGAUUUCCUUGAAGGGGAGAAUCUCUAUUUCUGAAAAAGGAGACAUGGUAGCUGCAACUAUCCACAACAAAUCCACUAUCGGCACGACUUGUGCAAUCUGGAACAUCACGACCGGUGUUUUGGUGAAGACGAUAAAUGACGGAGCCAACGAUAUUGCAUUCUCUCCAACAGAUGAUAUACUCGCCCUGCAGCGAUGGGCAAUGGCUUUGCACGGGAAUGGGGCAAUUCCGGGUUUCUUCCAUUCUAAAGCCGAAGAUGGGACCCACGGGAGAUGGAAUAUGUCUCAAUAAAGACAUAAAAUGGAUUUUGGAGCGCGGUAGAGAACUUAUUAUGAUGCCUCCAGAUACAACAAACACUAACUUGCAUUGUGGGGACCCCUCAAUCGCCCAACAUAACCAGGUGGCUCUGAUUGCGGAUGAUGGAUCAGCGACGAUGAUCGGUUUUGACGACACAGAGGACAGAGGAUUGAGAUAGCUCAUCUCGACUGGUGGAGGUGUCAAAGCUGUAUGUUGUGGUUAUUUUAAGCGUUGUUGAAUCGGUGUUGUGCCUUUUU